AUGGUUGUCUUCAGCAAGGAGGUGGCUGCUUUGGCCCUCGCUAUGGCCGCAUCGGCUAUGCCGAUCGAUUUAUCUCGUACCUCGAAGUCCAAAACCUUCUCAGUCAACCAGGUGGCUAGGAACCAAUUUGGCCCCAGGAAGGUCAAUCUUGCAGGCAUGUAUGCCCAUGCUCUUGGAAAGCAUGGUGCCAAGAUCCCUGACAACGUCCUUGCCGCAUCUGAGAAUGGGACGGUCGUAGCCACUCCUUCGGCCAGUGAAGAGGAGUAUGACUGUCCUGUUACCGUUGGUAACACAGUUAUGAACCUUGACUUUGACACUGAGCAGGCUGGGCACAGCAUCUAUGAUCCGAGCAGCGCUACCCCUCUCAGUGGCUAUACGUGGAACAUUUCGUAUAGUGAUGGUAGCUCAGCUAGUGGCAAUGUCUUUCAAGACACUGUUACUGUUGGUGGUGUACAGGCAACUAGUCAGGCCGUUCAAGCUGCUGAGAAGGUCAGCCAGCAGUUCGUGUCAGACACGAAGCAUGAUGGCCUUCUGGGUCUAGCUUUCAGUUCUAUCAAUACUGUCACACCUCAACAGCAGCUGACCUUUUUCGAUACUGUGAAGUCGCAGCUCUCGAAGCCUCUCUUUGCUGCUUGCCUCAAACAUAACCAGCCUGGCGUCUAUGACUUUGGCUUCAUCGAUCAGACAAAGUUCACUGGCUCACUAGCCUAUACACCAGUCAAUAGCUCCCAAGACACUGGAACAACCCUGCUGCUCCUCGAUAAUAGCGUUGUAUCUGCCUAUUAUCAGCAAAUUACCGGUGCUCAGAAUGACCCGCAGUCUGGGGGCAUCUCUGUCGGUAGCUAUCAAGCCGUUGUCUUCGGUUCGUUGAUUAACUACGCGCCCGUCUUCUCUGGCAGCACUACCUGCUUUGGGGGCAUUCAGAGCAAUAACGGAAUUAGUUACUCUAUCUUCGGAGACAUCUUCCUCAAAAGCCAGUACGUUGUUUUCGACUCUACCGGUCCGCAGAUUGGCUUCGCCCAGCAGGAGUAG